AUGUCCUUCUUGGGCUUCGGGCGCGUGUGCGCGCUGGACAUCGCGUUCGACGCCGGCGACGCCCAGCCCAUGGCAUCCGUCAAGAAUGAACAAGCCACCGCGCACGAGCGUCUCCCGCUCUUCCGCACCGGCGACACCAUCAAAGGCGUCGUUCACAUCGCCCCGGUUCCGGGCAAGAAGUUCGAGCACAAGGGCGUGCGGAUCGAACUCGUGGGACAGAUCGAGCAGUACGGCGACAGAUCGACGACGGAUUUCUUAACGCUCACCCGAGAUUUAGAGCCCGCGGGAGAGUUAGCGACGCCGAAGAGCUUCCCGUUCGAGUUUAAUCACGUGGAGAUGUUACACGAGAGUUAUCACGGGAUAAACGUGCGGGUGCGGUAUUUUUUACGAGCGAAGGUGAGUCGGUCGUACGCGAGCGGCGUGACGCGAGAGUUCAAGUUGUGGGUUCGAAAUCCCGUGAAGGCGACGCCGGAGAUGAAUAACUCGAUCAGGAUGGAGGUUGGAAUAGAGGACUGCUUGCACAUCGAGUUCGAGUACGCCAAGGCGAAGUACUCGUUGCGGGACGUGGUGGUUGGGAAGAUUUACUUUCUGUUGGUGCGGAUAAAGAUUAAACACAUGGAGCUGGAGAUUCGUCGCAGGGAGAGCACGGAGAGCGGGUCGACCUCACACAGCGAGAGUGAGACGAUCGCAAAGUAUGAGGUCAUGGACGGAGCGCCCGUGCGCGGGGAAUCGAUCCCGGUGAGAUUGUUUUUGUCUCCAUACGAUUUGACGCCGACGUACAACAAGGUGAACAACAAGUUUAGCGUCAAGUACUUUCUCAAUCUCGUGCUCGUGGACGAGUGGGAUAGGAGGUACUUCAAACAACAGGAGAUCACGCUGUAUCGCGAGGAAAAAUGA